GUAUGUAUGUACUUUCUUGAGCUUUCUGGCGUUCGAGACGUCGACGAAAGUGUAACGCCCUCGUUAUACUAUUCUUCUUCUUCGUGAGUUGGAUUUCGGCCCGAUUCGUUACACUCGAGUGUAUGUGUUGUUAUUGUUGCUGUUCUUUGGCCCCAGAGUAUCCAGAGGUGUACUCUAUUGAAGCCAAUUUUUUACUGCAAAAUUACGGAGCAACGCUCGAGUGUAGAAAGUGCAAACAACGCGACAAACCUAUUUUGAUUCUGCUAGCCCACGGCCGUGAGUAAUAUAUUUUAUUGAUGAAUUCAGACGGACAUACCAAAAUUGAUUGAGAAUAGGAAGACGUGGGAAUAGUUCCACGUGAUGGAGCCACCAUCACCAUAGCGACUAUGGCAUAGCCAAAUUUUUGUUACAUGAUCAACAAUGAAAAAGUGAAUCAAGGAGAAUGAUCAAUUAGGAAAUCGGCUAAAGCAUUAAAUUACCGAUGAGUGUGGAUAUCUAUUGAAUAGAGACACUUUAUGAAUGAAAUGUUUGCGGCUUGAAGUUAUAAGAGUAAAAUAUAUCGGAGUACCGAAUGUGUUAAAAUGUGAAUAGUCAAAAUUAGUGAGUUCGUUACAAAUUAUUGGCAAAUAAAGUGCUAUAGAAUUGAACUUCGUAUAUCAGUAGCGGCUUUAAGUAAUACCAAUUAGUAUGACUGUCACUGUAAUUCAAUCAAAGCAAGAUGAUAUCGAAGAUCCGGUUGAACGCAUGUUGAAGAAAACUGGCUGUGCAGAUUUACAUUAUCAGGUUCAGGAGUGUAUCGCAGAAACCCAAGAUUGGAGAAAAUGCCAAAAACAAGUGCAACAAUUUAAAUUGUGCAUGGCAGAAUACCAGAAACAACAACAGGAAAGAUAUUCAUAAUAUACAUUAUAGAAAUGAGAUCCAUUUUAAAACGCAUAAGAUCCUUGUUCACUAAUGCUUUGAAAGAAGAUAGCUACAAAAUGGUAAUCGUUGUAAGAACGGAUAUACCCAUGACGAAGGGCAAAGCAGCAGCACAGUGUGCACACGCAGCCCUGGAGUGCUAUCGACAAGCAUUAGCAAGUGGAAAGGACCAAGACGCAUUUAGUAGAUGGCUACAAGUUGGUCAACCAAAGAUAGUUCUUAGAAUCCCAAAUGAAAAGGAACUAUUAACAUUAGCAUAUGAUGCUCGACAAAAUGGCCUUAUAACAGCCAUUAUAAGAGAUGCGGGUAGAACGCAAUUAGAACCUGGAACGAUAUCAGCAUUAGGAAUUGGACCUGCUCCUAAAUUAGUAGUUGAUCGCCUUACAUCAAAUUUAAAGUUAUUGUGAACACAUGAAUGUACAUUAUGACUGAUAUUUGUCGUUUGGAUAAAAAAUAUUCAUGUUUAAGUAUUAAAAUAAAACAAUUUUGUCUUGGAA